GUCAGGCCAGGCGCAGUGACGCGAGCUUUGCAGCCUUGCGAUCAGCGCUCGAGCCACCGAGCACUCAACAAGGAGAGAAGCACCGGCACCUACCUUACCUUCACUGAGAAGCUUCACGCUCUGUCCGCCUUCCAUCUCCGAUUGUGUCCUCAACCUAAACGAUAUCGUCCGUCUCGACCGCAACCCUCCUUGCAUACGACCCGAGACGAGUUGGCGAUAAUUACAGUUGCAAAUCAGCAGCAUCUUCUUACGUCUGCACCGUUGAAAGGCGAGGGUAGACAGAAGCUACCCAUUCCGAGGCGGCGAUUACAUAUCACAUCACACAUCAACCAGAACCAUGGGCUCAGACCCGCAGUAUGCAAAAUGGCCUCUCCUGCCGCUUGCACAGCAUGUGUUCACUCUCACCAACCCAUACGCCGCCCGGGCCACUCAGCAGGCCGCAGCUAAACUGCUGCAGGAUGCCAUCGCCGAACACAAGAUGGCACCGCUGUACCGGUACUUAGCACACCCGUCGGAGGGCAUCCUUAACUCCGUUGGCGAAGGCAGCUCAAGUGCACCUGGCAAGGCUCUCGGUAGGAAGAACAGCGCCGUUGGCAUGAUUGCGACCAGGGGCCCGACCGCCAGCAUAAACCUGCCUUGGGACGAGGCGCUGUACCAGUCGCUACAAGCUGACAACGAGCGAGAGCUGGAAGAGUUUCAAAAGGAGGAGGAGGAGGCCGUCGAGAAGGCGGGCGACACCGAGAUUCUGGCUGCGCGCGGCAAGAGGGCUGAAUUCUGGGCGAGGGUGGGAGAUAAGGAGAAAGCAAUUGCAGCAUACGAAGACGUUUUUGACAAAACCGGCGUUCUCGGCACAAAGAUCGACAUCGUCCUCGCCAUCAUCCGGAUGGGCCUCUUCUACGGCGACAAGCAACUCGUCAAGAAGCACGUCGAGCGCGCCAAGACGCUGGUAGAGAGCGGCGGCGACUGGGAUCGGCGCAACCGUCUCAAGGCCUACGAAGGCCUGUACCUGCUUACAGUCCGCAGCUAUAACCUCGCAGCCCCUCUGCUCCUUGACAGCCUAUCCACCUUCACCUCGUACGAACUCUGCACCUACAGCAACCUUGUCGUUUACUCGGUCCUCGCCGGUUCCGUCUCGCUUAAACGAGUCGACUUCAAGUCCAAGGUCGUCGACGCACCAGAGAUCAAAGCCAUCCUCGGCGACGGCGAGGACAAGCUGCUGGGCCUGUCGGGCGCGAUAUCCGCCGGGCCCACAGCAGACGCCGAGAUGCAGGACGCCAGCGCGGCCGCCGGCGCCGGCUCCAAGAAGGGGGUUGUCAAUCUCACCACGCUGGGCAGCUCGGUCGAGCAGCCCGAGGCCGAGAUGGCCGUCGACUUUGGCCCGCUCGCCCAGCUGGUGAGCAGCCUUUAUAACGGGCGGUACAAGCUCUUCUUCCAGGCCCUUGCCCUCGUCGAGGAGCAGUUCCUCACCCAGGACCGCCACCUGCACGAGCACAAGAACUGGUUCAUCCGCGAGAUGCGCCUGCGCGCCUACCAGCAGCUGCUGCAGAGCUACCGUGUUGUGGGGUUAGAGAGCAUGGCGGCGGAUUUUGGCGUGACGGUGGAUUUCUUGGACCGCGACCUCGCCAAAUUCAUUGCCGCUGGCCGCAUUCCCUGCACGAUUGACCGUGUCUCGGGCAACGGCGUCAUUGAGACGAACCGCCCGGACGACAAGAACAAGCAGUACCAAGACGUGGUCCGCCAGGGUGAUCAGCUGAUUACCAAGCUGCAAAAGUACGGCCAGGCAGUCAGGCUGAGAGGGAGUGAGAGGGCAUGAUGCCGGACAGGGUGUAAGAGAGCAAGGAAAUAGUGGCGGACAGGGAGUUCUGCAUAGUAGGGCAAGGAAUGGGGGUAAAGGAAUUGGCCAAGGUUAGAGAUGCCAUAACAUGUCCCGUCCCUAGGUGUGUGGAAUAGAGUACAAAUCAGACGGUGGGCGUGGUCGAUUCCCUUUGGCCCCGUUAAUACCGCUCGUGCAGGUUAAUUUUGUACCUUAGCAGUAUGAUGCUGCGGUGGUCAGACGAAGCAGCCUCGGACGGAUGAGUGGAUGUGCUGGCACAGCAUGUGUAGUCUUCCGUUUGAUCUGAUCAUAGGGCAGCACCUUGUAAGAUGCUCCUCCACCCUACAUGUCUAUGUAUUCGCUUGCCGUGAAAGACAACUAGACCUC